CAAAAAUCUAAUAUCUAAUCGGAAAAUUGAACCUGAACCUUAAGAAUUUUCUUACCGCCAUUGUGGUUGAAGCACAACAACAACAACAACAUGAACAUUCGAUCAUAUCAUCAUCAGCAAUCAUUAAUGGUAGUUCAGAAUUUUCACCAACAAACGAAACAUCGGUACCAACUGUUUCGAAUGCAAAAAACUCAUCAACAAUAUUAUCGCCAUCAAGACGAGUCAAUAAUUUUUCUACAAAAAUCGGCACUCUAUUGAAAAUUCUACAGAUUGUCAAUCAUGUUGCAUCUAUUACAUCGACGGCUAGAGGAUCGUUGAUUCAAAAUCAUCCGAAUGAGAAUCUAAAUGAUUCACAAAGUGAAACACGUACAAUGUCAACAUGGUUUGGUUUUGCUAAAAAAACACCUUCAACGAGUCGACGAUCAAAUCAACAUCAGCAUAAUCGUAAUCAACAUUUGUUCAAUGAUCCGGCUAUCAACAUGCCAAAUGGCGCGACAGAUGAAAUGUACAAACCAACAUUCAUACCAAUAUCACAGCCAUCAUUACCACCACCUAAUCAUCCAAUAUUUCCACCAUUCGAUCCAGCAAAUCCAUUGCUAUUAUUACCACCAUUAUCAGAUACAAGCGCCAUUGAUUAUUGGUUGAAAUUAUUGGAAGAUCCUAAAUUCGAAGAACAAAUUAUGCCCAUCAUAUGGAAUGGCCGUAAUGAUCAUCAUCAUCAUCACAAUCGAAAACCAUUUGAUUAUGAUAAUAAAUUUGUUUCAAAUUCUCAUCCUAACAAUGGUCCAUGGAUUGGUAAAAAAAUUCGAAAAAAAGUAAAAAUAAAUUCGCGCAAAAGUGAACAAUUAAGAUCGAAUCUAUCUAACAAGAAAAUGUAUAAUCGAGGAGAAAACGAAGAAGAAGAUGAUGAUUUGGAACAUUAUGAAUAUGGUCCAAAUGGUGAUGCUGAUAAAUGGUCACUUCAGAAUGAUAUUGAAAACGGUUCCGAUUUCGACAACAUGAUGAUGUUGACUCCCAAUUUUCGGCCACAUGAUGGCCAAAGAAUUAAAAAGCCCAGACCUCAUGCAAACGAUGGUUUUCAUCAAGUUCAACAGCAGCAACAACAAUAUGAUACAACACCACGUUGUGAUAAAUUCACCGAAGAUAUUUGUAUCGAUGAUUUUGAAUAUCCAGAACAUGCAAUAUUGGACGAGAUUUAUAAACGAAAAGAUAUUUUUCAACUUAUGUAUGCUGAAGUGAAUGGGGAUGUACCUUUGGUAGAUGGUAUUCCAAAAGAUAUGGAUGAAAAUUUUUCACAAGAUUAUUACUAUAGUAAUAAUGAUCCUGAAGAUCCGGAUGAUGAUUAUCAUGAUGAUUUCAAUGGACCAUCGACGGAUGGCCAUCAUCAUUCAACUACGAAUAAAUCAACAUCAUUUGAUUUUGGUGAAUCAAAUAGUAAUAAUCAUCAUAAUAAUAAUAACAAAAAUUCCAUUGAACAAGGGUUUGUUUGUCGUUCUGAAGUACUUUAUGCUAAACCAAAAUUAGCUAAAAAUUUAAAACGAAAAUGGCGUGUCAUUGUUAAUGCCGGUGAUUUUACACAAACAAUACGGCUAGAAAAAUGUAAUAAAGCUAAUAGUGAAUGUCGAUAUAUAGCUGAUCAUAAGUAUGCAUCAAGAUGUGCACAGAUUCAUUCCAUUCAUAGAUUAUUGGUUUUUGAAAAGGGAAAAGGUUUUUUCAUCGAUUCAUUCCGAUUACCAACAGCAUGUACAUGCCAUGUUUAUUCGGUUAAACAAACUAAUCCAAAUCCAAGUGAAAGUACAAUGAAUAAUAAUUUAAGGACGAAAAUUAACACCAGUAAUUCAAUGGAACCGAAUAAAUCAUUAUGGUCAAUGCUAUCGAACAUUGAUAAUAAUCCUCAACAAUCAUACAAUGAUGAUAAUAAUGAAAAUAACAAUCAUUAUGAAAAUAAUGGUGCACAAUCAUCAAAAUUAUAUUUUCAUAGCCAUGCUAAUCAAAAUCAGAUGACAAAACAAAUGCAACAACAAUUACAAAAAGCCCUGAAUAUAUUGAAUAAUAAUGAACUUUUCAAAUUAUUACCACAAUUAACAUCAAUCGAUUCACAAUCAAAGAAUAAUAACUGGAUUCACAACAAUAAUAAUGGUAAUGUUAUAUUACAAAAAUUACUUGAAAAUUUGGGUACAACAUCAUCCACCACUGGAACGGUACCGUCGAAUUUUUUGCUCACCACGACAAGCACUAUGCCCAGUAAUAAUAACGAUAACCAUAUGAGUGAUAAUAAAAAUCAUAUAAAUCGUUUUACAAUCAUACCAGAAUAUCAAUUUAAUCUUUCCGAUAUGACAGAAGGAAAUAAGGUAACGAAUGAUUUGUUAACAAAUUCUGAGAAUAAUUUUGGUAUGACAAAUCCAAACAAACGUACAAACCAUCUAUCAACAUCGUUCGGAUCCAUAUCUGGACAAUCAUCACUAGCCCAAGCACCAGUAGUACAAGUGAUACAUAUGCCCGUAUCAACUAAUGGCAUGACAUCAUUAGAUCAACUUGAUAUACCGGCAACUGUUAAUCGGUUAACACAAUGGCCAUAUCCAUUCGAUCGAAAUGAUGAUCAACAUACUAGCACUCCAUUAUCAUCUACACAAUCCCAAUCAUCAUUGUCAAAGUAUUUGGCAUCAGCUAGCAAUAGCCAUUUGUUACGACAACAGCAAAAACCCAAAUUCAAUAAUGACACACUGGCAUCCAAUAUGACAACAACGGCGCUUAUCCAAAUAAAUAAUCAGACAAUUUCCGGCUCUACUUCAAUCAUAAAUGACAAGAAUAUUACCAAGGCCAUUUCCAAUGAAGAUUCCCAUUAUAGUAGUCAUAAUGUUGAAAAUGACGAAGACGAUCAUGAUGAUAAUAACAGUAGCAAUGAUGACAACACGAAAAUUAACUUUUCCUAUCAUCCGAUUCUCGAUUAUAUUGUCAAUUAGAUUUUUUUGAUGGACAGCGAAAAGAAAAAAAAAAUUCAAAUCAUGUUGAUCUCAACA